GUUAAAAGGCUUUGUCGUCAUUCUUGAGUUAUUUACCGCUCAACCGAUCGUCGUCAGUCGUCACUGAUCGCUACUCUCAAACCCUCCAAUCCUCUGCAUCCACAAUUGGAUAUUUUGUUGAUACCACCUGCAAACAUCUCUGCUCAAAGAUUUCGAUUGGGGCUUUGGUCGGGGAAGCGAACAUAUUGAAGAGCCUGAACCUGAAGAAUCCCACCUACUUCUCGAUCUAUUUUCCGUUCAAAAUUCUUCAAUACAAUGAAUGAUGGAGGGAAGGGCAAGUCUGUCGAUUUUUCUGGAGAUCAACAGCCGCAGCCGACCACUGAUGUUCCUCAAUCCACGCCGCCUCUAGUGAUGCAAGCCAAUCCCCAAACCCUUUCAGAGAAAAACACUAGAGUUGAUGCUGUGUGGCAGCAGAUGAACAAAGGAAUUUCCAAAGAGAAGCUGAAUUCCAUUAUAAAGAAGUCUCCCUCAAAUUCAUCUAAACCUUCUUCAAAACCAUCUUCUUCCAGUUGGAUGACAGUUCUUGGACUUGGUCCAAAAAAGACUUCACCUCUCCAGCCCACACCAAAGUCACAGCCAGAGGAUAAACAAGAUGGUGUUAGUCAAGACACCAUGAAACUUGCAGCUGCCGCCCUUUCUGCCGCCAGGGAUGCCGCCAACAUGGCUGCUGUUUCCGGAAGAGGAAAAAUCGAGGUGAGAGAAAUGAGAGACUUUGCAGGGGAAGCCAUUGAAGUAAAGAAGUUUGUUGAUGCAAACACAAAAGAAGCAUCAGAAAAAGAAAAAGGCAGUGGUGCACCUUCUGCAGUGGAUUCGAUUCUUGAACAAAUUAGAAAGAAACCAAAACUAAGUGUUCUUGAUAAGACCAAAAAAGAUUGGGGUGAAUUUAAGGAAGAAAACCGGUUGGAUGAAGAGCUUGAAACUUAUAAAAAGAGUGGAAAUAAGUAUUUGGAUAAAGUCUCUUUCUUGCAACGUGCAGAUUAUCGUGAGUUUGAGAGGGAAAGAGAUGCAAGAUUAGCUGUGCAGGCUAAAAGGAAGACUGAUAUGCGAGAAGAUGACUAAUAAAUACCAAUAUUUUAUAAAAUGUUUUAUUGUUUCAUCUUUGUUUUUAGAGAUUUUGUAACAUGAGCGGAUAUUGUUUGAUAAUUUUCAUCUAUGCAUGAGAUAUAUGCAUAAGAUGUGCACAAACUAGUGCAUUUG